AUGAGCACAUCUAACGGCCACGCCGGCAGCCGCCGUGCCCUACCCUGCGGGAUUUACGCCCCAACCAUGACCUUCUUCGACCCGGAGACGGAGGAGCUCGACAUCCCCACCAUCAAGAAGCACGCCGAGCGCUUGGCCCGGGCCGGACUGGCCGGGCUCGUCACCAUGGGCUCCAACGGCGAGGCGGUGCACUGCACGCGCGAGGAGAAAGUGGCCGUGACCAGAGCCACGCGCGAGGCCCUCGACGCCGCCGGCUUCCCCGCCGUGCCCAUCAUCGUCGGCGCCACCGAGGGCUCCGUCAAGGGCACCAUCGAGCUGUGCCGUGCCUGCGCCGACGUCGGCGCCGACGCCGUCCUCAUCCUCCCUCCCAGCUACUACCGCGGCUUCAUGGACGACGAAGCCAUCUCGAGCUACUUCCACGCCGUGGCCGACUCCAGCCCCAUCCCCAUCGUCCUGUACAACUACCCCGGCGCCGUGGCCGGCGUCGACAUGGACUCGGACCUCAUCAUCAAGCUGGCCCAGCACCCAAACAUCGUCGGCACAAAGUUCACCUGCGGCAGCACCGGCAAGCUGACUCGCGUCGCCGCCGCCACCAAGGCCAAGACCCCCUUCGCCGAGGGCUCCGGCUACAUGGCCUUUGGCGGCAUCUGCGACUUUACCGUGCAGACCCUGGCCAGCGGCGGCAGCGGCAUCAUCGCCGGCGGCGCCAACGUCAUGCCCAAGCUCUGCGUCAAGGUCUGGAACCUCUGGGCAGAGGGCAAGCGGGACGAGGCCAUCGAGCUGCAAAAGGUCCUGAGCAAGGGCGACUGGGUCCUGACAAAGGCCGCCAUCGCCGGCACCAAGCAGGCCAUCCAGAGCUACUACGGUUAUGGCGGUUAUCCCAGGAGGCCGCUCAAGAGACUGGACGCCGCCAAGGUCUCGGCCAUUGAGGAGGGCGUGAGGGAAAUUAUGGACAUUGAGAAGACGCUGUAG